AUGUUUAUACUUAUCAAUUUAUUGUUUUUAUUAUUUACUCAACUUGUUCAAUGUCAAAAUCUAGCAGUUAAUUCAAUAGAUACGAAUAAUGGAACAUGUUCAUGUAAUUUAAACAAUGGUUCAUGUGAUGUAUCAUGUUGUUGUGACACUGACUGUUCGACAGAAGAUAUCAAAGCAUUUAAUUGUAAUCAAGUUAUAACAAAUGAAGUUACUAUUUCGAUUCCAGUAAAGCCUACGACACAAUCUACAUGUUUCAAAAAUGUACCAAUAUAUAAAUCAAAUUCACCAUAUAUUAUUGAAAAACAGGGUGAUAUUGUUUGUGUUAAUCAUGAUCAAGAUGACAAUGCAAAUGCUGCCUAUUAUCAACAACAAAUAAAUCAAAAAUUAGAUUCAACUACUUUUUCACGAUCAAUCAAUGUCGAUAAUAGUGUUUCGUCACCACUUGGAACACCAAUUGAACUAACUAGUUAUCAAGCAGGUACUUCGAUAUUCAGAUACAUUCCGACAAGUAAUAUAUCAAGUUAUUAUUCAUUACCAAUAAGUCUUUUCAAUAGUCAAACAUGUUCAGGUUUACAACCGAUAACUUAUAUGAAUGAUUUUACUUCGACAUGUGCUCAACCAGUAAAUGAACAAACAUGUCUUGAUGGACUCAGUGCUACGAAAUAUAUUAAUUCAUUUUGUCUUAUUACGAAUCCAGCAACUCUCACCAGUAAUAAUCGAAGUUAUGUUUGUUGUAGUGCAUCUAGUACUGCUGUUACAGAUUGGACUAAUCCUACAUGUUCAAAUGCUCUUCGAACUUUAACAAUGAUUAUUUACUAUUUAAAUCCAACUGGUAUAACUAAUUGUAGUAUUAUUUUGAAUACUACAACUGCAACAUCGGGUAACACAGUACCACAAACAUUUACUAUUCGUUUUAUUCAAAAUGGAUUGACAGAAACAAAAACAUCACGUAGUGGAAAUCCAGGUUAUUUACAAGGAUUUCCUAUUAUAGCUGGUACUUCAAAUGGAAGUUAUAUUACUCCAACUAAUGCCGAAAUUUGUCCAAACCAAACUGUUUUGCCAAAUAUUUUUAUGCCUUUCAAUUCUUUUAAUCUCUAUGUGGCUGUUGAUGGCAAUCCAAAUCCAUCAAACAUCUCUGGCUAUUGGCUACCUGUUACAUAUUGUAUAUUUGAAAUAGGAUCUUCCAAUGAACCUGUGUGUCAACAAGGCUCUAUUCCAAAUCCAUCUAUAGAUCAGUGUUAUACUCGACUAGACAUUCAAAUAGCUUAUGCUAACAUUGGUUCUGUUACUAAUCCACAACCUAUCCUUGGUGCAGUUGUAUUUCAUUACCAAAGUGUAGCUAAAACAUAUACAACAACAUUGACAACACCAUUACUAAUAAGUCAGAGUGUUACUUUUCAAGAUAUAUCGAAUACACCUGUUACACAAGGAGAUCAAUUACCACGACCUAAUGUUCGUCUACCAGGUGAUUUCUUCUAUCCAUUUACUCUAAAUGGAGCAAGACGUCUUAUUUUAUUUUCAUCGUUUUUUAAUCUUUUCAUCAUUUUUGUUUUAACUCUCAUGUAG